AUGAAAGCGUCAUUAUUAUUACUGCUGGUUCUCGCGCACACAUCAUUGUCAACGACAAAUGGCUCGUCUUCGAGGGAGUCACCGCCACGCGUUUCAAGGCAGAGCAGUAGUGUUCAAAGAGAGAAAGAACAAAAUAACAAUGCACUACAAUUACCCACUCUUCGAUGGAAACGACCAAAAUGGUUGUCGAAUCGCCGUUUUGGUUUCGUUAAGGAUGGGGAUUUUUCAGCAGCAGCUUCAAAAGCCAUGACAUACUGUCAAUAUGGUGUCAUUGCAUACCUGGUAGCUGCACUGUGCAAAGAUUUGGUUUCUACGAUACGAGACCUCAACAACGAAUUCUCAUCGAACAGUCAAAAUGCACUUUCCAGAAGCGAAGUAAAAGAUUUGAUUGCAUGGAUAGAAAAAAGCCAAGUUGCAAUCACCCCAAAACCACCUCUCUCCUUGCCAUGGCUAGCAUCAAUUGCUCUCAACCUCUAUGAGCAGGCAGGUCUAUCGAUACAGCAAUUAGAACAUAUUGUAAUGCAGUUGACAGUGGACCAAGCAAACAUGUUGCAUGAUUGCCUGCUUCAGUCCGAUCGAAAAACUACAUUUGAUUCUGUGGGAGGACUUGGCGCUAUAAAGCAAAAUAUCAAUGAUUGGGUAUCUUUCAAUGCACGAGCGCAAAGAGGAGCUGUAACACCAUAUGACAGUUUUGUCAAAUCUGGGCGUCAAGGACUCGCCCUUUGGGGACCUCCGGGAUGUGGAAAAAGUCUAUUGAUGAAAGCGAUUACGAACAAAAGUAACUUGCCUACUUUGGUAGUCACACCAUCUUUGAUGCAGAAGAAGUACUACGGAGAGAGUACAAUGAGAGUGCGCUCCCUAUUUUCGCUUGUUUCUCUCCUUGGCCCCUGCAUUGUCGUGCUAGACGAAUUGGAUGGAUUGUUCAAAUUACGCAAUUCAGAAGAAAUCGAAGUGAGCCGAGACAUGAAAACAGAAUGGCUGCAAUGGUGGGAUGGUGUCGCCUCUGACCAAAUCAACAAUCCAAAAGUUAUGUUUAUUGGUGCUACGAACCGACCUUGGGACUGUGACCCAGCUGUUUGGAGACGCCUUCCACAACGACACUACGUUGGUGUACCCACCUAUGAUGACCGCCUCGAUUUAUUCUUGAAAUGGAUGGUUGGUCACAAGUUGCCCCCAAUUGAACGUGAAGUUCUCGAGUAUUUUGCAGGCCAAACAGAAGGAUACAUUCCAUCUGACUUGUAUCACAUUUUGCAGAGUGCCUGUCGGAAAGGGCCAAUGGAGCGGCUCGAUGAAACAUUGACUAUGAUUGAUGUCCAAAAAGCACUUGUUGAGGUUCCACCAACCAGAUUCACGAUGGAUUAUGUGAAGCAAGUAGAGGGGUUCCUUUCGCCACAUGUCCCACAACAACAUCAAAACGCCCAGGGCGUCUCUACCGAUCCCAAUGGUGGUAGCUAUUUUGAAACACCCGCGGGUACUUACUAUCAAUUCCAGAUACCAGUCGAGCCGUCGAAUGUAAUGAAUGAAAUGCUGUGGAAUGAAAACCAAAAUGACUUUGCUAGCGAUUCGGAAGACUUUGAUUCUGAUGAUUUUAUCACUGAUUCCGAUAUUGAUGAGUUGUAG